GCGUCGUCACCGAGAAGUCUGAAGUCUAUUCACUGGGAAUGGUGCUCUUGGAGGUCCUCACUGGCCGCCCGCCGGCGCUACAACAUCCCAACGGCCACAUUGAGUAUCAGUUCUCGCACUUGAACGGAGACAUCCCAAAGCUCAUGGCUAUGGUGGAUCCGCGAGGGCAGUGGCCCCCGAUGCUAGCGGAGCAUGUGGGCCGACUGGCGCUACAGUGCGCUUGCGAGCAG